AUUCAAACUCGGGACGCAGUCGCAUGGAAACCGUUUUUAUUAUUUGGCAGGAAACCUGUUCAGUUUUUAAUUGUUUGGUCUUGUAGCUGUAUUUAUUUAUCAAUGAUUGAAUCGUGUAGUGGGUAUCGAGCGAUUGAUGUUUAUGAUAUACAAAACAAAUAUUCCUCUAAAGAUGAAUUGAACUCUUCGUUCGGGUUAUCUAAAAUCAUAGUGUAAGUGUCGACGGACAAAAUUUUCAUGUAUUUAUUGAAAAUUAAAUCGAAAUAUAGGUAAUAAUAUUAACGGGUCAUUAAUGUGUACGUGCCACCUCCGAUGAAUAAAAAGUAUGUGAAAAGUGACAUGGAUUCAGGUCUGGGUAGCGAUGAAGACCGGCGAAGUCGGACUAAAGAACAAAAACAACUCCAUAAUCAACAACUCCUCAGCGGUUGUUUUAUUGAUGCUGCCAGUUUAUCAGAUGAGUCCGAAAUUGUCGAUCAAAGAAGAAACGAUGAACGCAGGCAAGGUGCUUUGUUAUUUCAAACAUCAGUACCCCAUUUUUCUAUGGUUCAAAUACCAAACGAUGAGAACUUUUCUUUUCCAUCAAAUAAUUUGAAUGCUCCCCAAUUUCCUGAAACUAGUACCCCAUACAAUUCUAUAGUGCAACUUGAUUCCGACGAAGCAGCAAGAAAAUCUCCAUUAGGUUUUUAUGUUGAUUUGAAUGAUGUCAAUGAAAGCCCAUCAUCUCUGCCUAAUCCAUCAGUUAAGAAAAAUAUAUUUUCUAUGGUUAUAGAUUUUGAAGGUCCAAAAAAAGAGAAACCGGUCAAGUUGAGCUCUUCUUUAAUUUCUUUCCGAAAACCUAAACCUACUAAUAAGUCCAAUUUACUGGGUAAAAGCAGUGGUAGUUUGUCCUCCAGUGUCAGUUCUAUAAAUUCAAAUAGAGAUUCUAAUUCUGUAGCUGGAACUAGCCGGCAGUCAGAAGAACUAGAAAUCAGAUCAAAUGGUAAAGGGGUUAGUAUUGAAGUACUAAGUGCUUCACUGAUCAAAAACCUUUCGGUUUCCUCAAAAUCAUCUAGUAGUAGCGAAAAUGCCCCUGAAAAAAUUAGCGAUGACAUUGAUAGAGAUUCUGCUAAAGAAUCUGUUGAUGAGGAGCACCUUGAAUGUGAUAGUAUCCAUGAAAAUGAUAAAAACAGAUUGGAUACUCAGAAUGAGCCAGAUUUCGACAAUGAAGAAGGAAAUAGAAAGCCAGACAGUAGCAAACUUGUUGUUAAAAAAACAGGAAUCACUAAUGGCUUACAGACCUGUCCACAGUUCGUUAAACUAUCUGAUUUGGAAUGUCAGAAACCGAAAGUGGACUUAAAUUUCACACCGAGGAUGAGCAGAUCCAUCCCGGAGAGCUCAUGGGUGGAAAGUCCUCUGCUGAUGUCACAUUCUGUAGGCUACAGGAGCGCGCCACACCCAUUGGAACCAGAACACAGCGAUAAUAAUUCAGAUUCUGAAAACGCAAAGAAAAAGGAAAAUUCAUAUUCACAACCAAAAAAAAGUGUCAGGAAAUUAGGAACGGAUCUGCUCAGGAUGUUUCUGGAAGAAAUCGGACCCGAUGUUGUUGUAGAAGUCGAUGGUCAUAAAUUGAAGGCGCACAAGUGUAUUUUGGCAUCGAGAUGUCAAUAUUUUGCGGCCUUGUUGAGCGGAAAUUGGUUGGAGAAGAACGGAAACGUGAUUUGUUUGGAGGGUUUUUCUUACGAAUCUGUGUACUUCGCCCUAUGUCACAUUUAUAGCGGCGCUGCACACGUUCCGGAUUCUAUCAGUUUAGUUGAACUAGCUUCUUUGGCGGACAUGUUAGGAUUAGAAGGUCUUAAGGAAGUUGUGGAACAUGCAUUGAAACAAAGACACUGCCAUAAUUUUCAUAAGCCUUGCGCCGGAUGUUGCACGGGAGUUUUAGAAGUAUUACCGCUAUCAGCUGCUUACGGAUUAGAUGAUUUGUACAGAAGUUGUUUGCAGUGGAUAACUCAACAUUUUGUACGAGUAUGGCCAAGCAGAGCGUUUGCCAGUCUGCCAAGGGAUGUGAGAGAAAAGUGUUACCAACAGCAUGUUGUUCAUAUGAAUGCAGACAAAGUUUUGGAAACUAUAUCAUCUUGCGAUAAGAUUCUUGCAACUUUACCGGCGAUGCGUUGGGCCGAACCUGUCAGUCAGCUAAUAUUGCAGUUAACAGACGCCUGUCAUUUGUACCAUCGUCAGCAUUUCUCAGCGGUUUUGGGUUCACAAUACGUUUUAGGAUUAGAUACUGGCUUGGGUUUUGGUGUAUGUCAGAUAGAAGAUCAAAUGGUAUCGGCCGCUAGAAAUCUGGGAGUUGAACAAGCGUGUCGAAGUUAUGCCAGGUGUUGUAAAAUGUUGGAUCAAAAAUGGACUAGACCGUUUGCUGAUAUGUUGAAUAAAGUAAAACUACAAUUAGAACAAUGUCUCGUCAGUCAAGCGGAUAGGUUAAUAAGAAGCAACGCCUGGUUAAGACUCGAUACCGCCUUGAGAACUCGUAUUAAAGAAUUAACUCCUCACCUUGAACCGACUAGUCGUCUACCUCGUUCGACGAUGUUCCGUAACAAGAAACCCAACAAUCUAAAACCGAACGUUCAAAAUACCGCCUUAAGUUCCUCAGAUUCGUCUCGUAAUUCAAGUCCAGGCGUUAAUCAACAAGUACGUUUAAAUGGAACUAACGGUAGUUCUUCUUUACGUCGAAGUCUUCUUUUGGCUGCAAAAGCUCCACAAGUCCCUCCGAGUCCAUCCAUAAACCGUAGAAGUACUUUAACCCAACCUACUGCCGCUAGUGCUGCCAAAUCUACAAAAGGAUCUAUCAAAGCUGUAUCAAAAGCUACUAUAGGCAGAGAUAGGAGUGUUACUAUCAAACCUCCAAUACAAGUGCCCCCUCCCAAACCAUCCACGUCCAAAAGAUCUUCCACAACAGUUUCCAGAAAUUCAAGCAUGGGUAAAAAAGACGUCCCAACGUCUCUAACGACCAAAAGACCUGACAGUAGAUCUAGCUCCCCACUAAAAAGCGAUAGCCGCAAUAGUUCGCCAAGAAAACUAGAUAGUAGGGUUACGUCUCCAAUAAAAGCUAACGUUCGCAGUCCCUCGCCCUUAAAGGACGCCAGUAAUGCGCCGCGAAGGAUAACGAAAGGAACGCAGGCAGCGAAGCCUGUUCAAGCACCUACGAUGCAGAGGUCUAGCACGUUUUUGAAAGAAGAACCUACUGUUAUUGGCAAGGUUCUGUAAUUUAGCAUUCCUGUUAGGCGAGACUUUGAGAAUGUAAAAAAAAUAUAGAUAGCUCUUGAUGAAAUAAAAAAAAGGUUGUAGUCGAAGCUAUUUAAAAUUUUAUUGUGAAAGCGUGGAAGGUCCUUUUGAUAAGGACCAAAUAUCAAUAAAAUUUAAAUAACCUCCUAUCUUGAUAAGUCAUAAAAAUAUAUAAAUUUAUUUAAUAUACCAGUAGUUUUGAGACGAAUCUUUUUCUUGAAAAGUUUAUUGUUGAGGUAGAUUAUUUAAAGUAUCCAAAAAACCUGUUGCACAUUCUCCAAGUUUACCCUACUAGUCUCUACAUUCCUAGUCUUUUUUUUUUGUUUUUAUUUUGAUCUCGUUAGGAUUUACAAUGUAGAAAAUAAUGUUAUCGUUUGUGAUAUUUUAAACAUCGUAUUUUUUUUUUUCGUUUGAGACAGUUACCAAGAGAAGUGUCCACAUAUUUAUGAGUUAAUAAUAGGUAUAAAUUUUCUUUCAGUCUCUACAAAUCGGUAUUACAAAGUGUGUCACCAAACUAAAAAUUCUGAAUUUUAUCACCAUUUGACCAAAUUUACUUUCAUUUUAUGAUAUAAAAUUUGUUUUUAGUACAUCAAUUUAUCAAAUGCUUUAUUUCAGUAGCAUCUCAUUUAUUGGUUCAUUUGAACGGUUCUUUUUUUGGUUCACUUUUGAUGGUAAAACUAAUAAAAUUAUUUACUUAUUUGAAAGAGACUGAAAAAUAAUUUUACACCAACUUGUGAACAAGUAUGAAUUUGUUCUCUUGAAUAAAAAAAUAGAUCUAUGAUAAAAAAAUCAUAAUCACUUCUCUUGAUUAUUCUAGUUUAACAUCUUGGUUCAAUAAGAAAAUAAACAUGAUAAUUAUAUUUAUAAAAAAUUGCUAUUAAAUGUAGGCGUUUUUAAAAUUAACAUGUAUUUUCUAAUUGACUUAUUUUAAUUUUAUAUUUAUUUUAGUUUGUUUUAAAUAAAAUUUUGAUAUUCUGAUAUGUGGUCGGUACUGAUUCUAAGAUAUAGGAUAAUCUGAUAAAGCAACCAUUUUAAAGAAAUUUUGCAACUUUUUUGAUAUCAUGCUAGUUACAAAAAUAUUAAAAUAAGUAAACAGUUACACAAAUGUCUCAAAGACUGAAUUGGAUUAUUGAAAACUUAUGUUUUAUACAAAAAAAAAACAAAAAUAUAUAAUUAAAGUUAUGUUAGAGGUUAUAUUUCUAUUUUCUUUUUAAAAUUGUUUUAAUAUAUUGUAAUUCAGGGUAUCAUAUCCACUACGACCUAAAGGAUAUUAUGGUAUACAAAACCAAAAUCAUGUUGCAACCAAGAAUUUUUGAAUCCAAAUAUUUAGACUCAAUUAUUAAAAAAGAAGUUGACAGGACAUAUGUAGUCUUUGUGUCUGACAGUCAGAUAUAUGACAAUAAUGAAAAAGUCGGAAAAAAUUUGGGUAAAAUUUAUAAAUUUCAUUUAUUUAUAUAAUUUAAGUUCAUAAUUACUUCUUUUUCGUUCAUUUAAACUUAUUUACUUCAUCUUAUUGUAAUGUUUUUCUUAUUUAUUUAUACGAUUUCUAUUCGUGGGUUGAUUAAUAAAUACUGUCUCUUACGUUCUUAAUUUAUUUAAACAUUUUACACUACACUAACUUAUAAUUCACUAUCACUUGAAUAAUUUAUUUAAGAUCUUCCAUUACUUUGACUAUUUCCUUCGAAAAAUUUAAGCCAACCAAAAAGCUGUAAUAUUUUAUGUUUGCCUAGCAACGAUCAAAUUUCAGCGAUAAUACUGCACUAGUGCAAAUUAUCGAUAAUUUGCACUAGUGCCAAAUUUUCGUCUAGGAUUAAUAAACAUCAUUUGGUUUUAAUUUUAUAUUUUAAGAAAAGGAACAAUUAUUGUUUAUUUUAAAUUAAAUUUUUCUCAGGAAAUAGUCUGCCAAAAUGCCCUCUCGUGCAUGUCAAAUUGUCUCAUAAUUUCCUCUCGUGCUCAUUCGCGCACUCGAGAAAAUUAAAUUAUCGACAAUUUGACAUGCACUCGGGACAUUAAUAUUGACAAUUCGUUUUGUUCACUAUGAUUAUUUAUUGUAAACUGAACUAAACUGCGCUACAGAAACUUCUUAUAUAUAUCCCAAAAGAAUCGUAAAAGUUCUAGUAAAUAAAGAAACAAAACAUGCUCUGUCAAUUUAUCUCAAUAAUUUAUUUUUUUCUGAGAAGACAAUUUUCAGCCAUCUAAGUUGUCUCUCUUACUUCUUAUAAUCAUAAAUCAAGAAUACCUAAUUGUGGUAUGACUUGCUGAAUAGAGCAAACUACUUUGAGACGUACGGUUUCUAAUACAAACAUAAUUAACAUAUGUGACGGGAAAAAACUUUUUUAAAAAAAUAUGUUUAUAGCAUAUGAUCGAACAUUUUGGACGUGUAAAACCAAGGUUGCUUAUUUGAAGAUUAUAAACAAACUUGACUUAAGAAAAAUUCAAUAUUCACUGGUUUAAUUAAUGCCUUUUCCGAUUGUGAUUGAUCUAGGCUUAGUGCCAUCGGUGAAAACCACAGUUAACCUAUUUUCUUCAAAUAUACUUCACUUUCUAAUAGUAUAAAAUGGAACUGAUGGUUUAUCUUUGUAUAUAAUUGAAUUGGUUUUAUAAUAUUCGUAAGAAUUUGAAGUAUUAGAGUACAUAGUAAAUAAAAAUGUUAUAUUUAUGUGAAUUUUGAAAUUAAUAUUUAUACCUUUAUGAAUAAGAUUCGUAUAUAUAAAAGAGAUUUAAUUAAAAAAUUAUUUUUGCUAAUACAUAACCUACAUAGAAAAUUGUGUUUGCUGGUGUAAUCAAAAAAUUCAUACUGACCCACUUCUAGUAUGAAGUUCUAAGAAUUUUUUUUAAUCCUGCUAUUUUUUCAUAUGUAUGGAUAUCUACUACAUAUAUUUUCAAUCGCUCCUAAUUAUUUCUCGUUUUAUUGAAUUUGUCCAAAAAUUUAUAUUCUGAUUUUUCAUUGUACAACAUCUAAGUUUUACGCUUAUAUCUAGGAAUUGAUCACACAAUUUCUUCUUCAUUAGUAAUAUGUAAGACUACUUAAGUUUCAUUAACUCAGUACGAAUUUUAUUCCAGUAUUCCAUUUUAGUGAGUUUCACUUUAGACUCUUUCAAGCUCAUGGAAAUUCCAGCUACAGGUUGUAAACGUACCAUUGUUUUCUAAUUUAUUUUCCAAUCUGUAAAUGUGUCAGAAGUUUGUGUACUCAUUAGGAAUAUUUUAAAACUUGUGACUUAUGAUUAACACAUUUAAUACAUUCAACCAUCUGAUUUCCCUGGCAUUCUAGUCUAGUUACUCACUUUUUGGGUUAUCUAUGUAUUGAAUAAUAUACUAGUUUUUAUUUAAUGUUUGAUCCCAAAGUUUUUUUUUAUUUGAUAAACAUUUUCUAUGUAGGAAUUUGUGUAUGUUAUAUUGGGCAAUUUGAAUUUAAAAAGAUGUUAGCUGGUGCCAUCUAAUGAAUAUUUUGUCACACAUAUUUCGCUUUUCUUUUCAAUAUCAGAUAAAGGUUCCGGGCUUUUUAGUAUCUAUUUUUUUCACUGUUUUCUUCUUGCAUCCAGUUCGUUUAUUUUUUUUGUUUUCAUAAGGUGUUUCCAGCCUCCAUUACCUUUCUCGUUGUUUUAUCUAUCUUCAUUCUAAUACAUACCAAUUCAACUAUUUCUUAUUUAUUUCAGUUAUUGAUUCUCCAGUUGUAUUUUGGUAACGUUUUCGUUUUUUACAUUGCCCCCCUAGUUUUUACUGCUAUCCUGGAGUGUUUCAUUUGCAUUACGUAUAUUUUCGUGUCCAGAUAUGUUACUGUUCAUUCGGUAGUAUUUUUUUUCCUUUAUUAAUUCAUUAGUUAUUUCUGGAUUUAUCCGCCCACCAUGUCAAUAGACUUCUUAAGAUAUUUUUAUGUUGUUUCUCUUUUUUUAAUUUAUAUCCUUAUAUUUACUUCUUUUUUAUAUCGGUUAUUUUGAAUUUGACUUUGGUUUUUCUUACAUUGACUUCUACUUUAAUUUUUUCAAUACUUGCUUAACUCUCUAUAAAAGGAAAUCGUUCAUAAAACAGAAGUUGCACAAUUUCAAUUUGUUCUCUGUUUAUUAGAUAGUUCAAAUCAUUAAAACAAAGUAUUAUUUUCCCUAUUUUUCUUGAAAUAGUUCCAUUCUUGUAAUACAUACUUAACUAAAUUCACUAUCUUAUACUAAAAAUUCAUAGUUUUUAAGUCUUUUUUGGCUAUGUGCUAAAUCUAAAUCGCUUUCUACAAAUCUUGAAGGUUUCUAGGUAUUAUUUAAAUUUAUACCUUUGUAUUUGCAUGUAAUUUAUAAUAAAUUGAAAAGGCUAAUGUACUUCGCUAACAUGUUUUUAUCGUACGACAUUUUCUAAAACAUUUUGUUUGUAUUAUAAGUGAAAUACAUAUUUUAAAUCUUAGGUGCUGUUCUUAAAAGCUAUUUAUUAAGUCAUGUCUGUGGUAAUGACUAUCCCUCCCAGGGUAUUUUGUAAGAAUAGCAAAAAUAAUGAGAUUUCUUCAUUUUAAACGAAAGCUUUCAUUUUCUACCU